UGUCGUCCCCUUCUCGCCAGUAGGAGCGGCCGGGUUCCGCCUAGCAGCCUCUCACCGCGCUCAGGGAAAGCUUUUCUUCUCCCAGCGAGCAGACUCCUCGCCCGCCUGCCCCCUUGCCUGCGAACACCCGAUACUCCAGUCUGAAGAAAGAAAAAAAAAAAAAAAAAAAAAACGAGAGACCCCCGCACUGUGACGGCGGCGAGAGAAGGACUCCUUCCUGCGUCGUGCUUCCGUCCCUAACCCGGCUUCUGGUUCGCUUGGACAUCUUUUUUUUCAGGUCGCUUGACAGUUUUCUUUCUCUCCCCCCCCCCCCGUUUUUUUUCUUUUUCUUUGGUCACCGACAUGGUCGACUAUCACGCCGCCAACAACCAGUACUCGUACGGCGGGCCGCAGACCUACAUGGAGCAGGAGAACGACUGGGACCGGGACUUGCUGCUCGACCCGGCAUGGGAGAAACAGCAGAGGAAGACGUUCACGGCGUGGUGCAACUCCCACCUGCGCAAGGCCGGCACACAGAUCGAAAACAUAGAGGAGGACUUCAGAGAUGGACUCAAGCUCAUGUUGCUUCUGGAGGUCAUCUCAGGUGAGCGGUUACCCAAGCCUGAGCGAGGCAAGAUGAGGGUGCACAAGAUCAACAAUGUCAACAAAGCUCUGGACUUCAUUGCCAGCAAGGGAGUCAAAUUGGUCUCCAUCGGAGCAGAAGAAAUCGUGGACGGAAAUGCCAAGAUGACCCUGGGAAUGAUCUGGACCAUCAUCCUCCGCUUUGCUAUCCAGGACAUCUCUGUUGAAGAGACAUCGGCAAAGGAGGGUCUUCUGUUGUGGUGCCAGAGGAAGACCGCUCCCUAUAAGAAUGUAAACGUGCAGAACUUCCACAUUAGCUGGAAGGACGGCCUUGCUUUCAACGCUCUGAUCCACAGACAUAGACCGGAACUCAUUGACUACGACAAGCUCAGAAAGGAUGACGCAGUGACCAAUCUCAACAAUGCCUUUGAGGUGGCCGAGAAGUACCUGGACAUCCCCAAGAUGUUGGAUGCAGAAGACAUCGUGGGCACGCUGCGGCCUGACGAAAAGGCCAUUAUGACCUAUGUGUCCUGCUUCUAUCACGCCUUCUCUGGUGCACAGAAGGCUGAGACCGCUGCCAAUCGCAUCUGCAAAGUACUGGCGGUCAACCAGGAGAACGAGCACCUGAUGCAGGAGUACGAGAAACUGGCCAGUGACCUCCUGGAGUGGAUCCGUCGCACCAUUCCAUGGCUGGAGAACAGAAAUCCCGAGAAGACCAUGGCUGAGAUGCAGCAGAAGCUGGAGGACUUCAGGGACUACCGCCGUGUCCACAAGCCACCAAAGGUCCAAGAGAAGUGUCAGCUGGAGAUCAAUUUCAACACGCUACAGACCAAACUGAGACUGGGUGGCAGACCUGCCUUCAUGCCGUCAGAGGGACACAUGGUGGCUGAUAUCAACAGAGCGUGGCACACUCUAGAGGGUGCGGAGAAGGGCUACGAGGAAUGGCUCCUCAAUGAGAUCCGACGUCUUGAGAGACUGGAUCACUUGGCUGAGAAGUUCCGCCAGAAGGCCUCCAUUCAUGAAUCCUGGACUGAUGGCAAGGAGGCCAUGCUGACUCAGAGAGACUACGAGACGGCUUCGCUGUCAGAGGUGAAGGCCCUGCUCCGGAAACACGAGGCCUUCGACAGUGACCUGGCUGCCCAUCAGGACCGAGUGGAGCAGAUCGCUGCCAUCGCGCAGGAACUCAAUGAGCUGGACUACUACGACGCACCCAACGUCAACGCUCGCUGCCAAAAGAUCUGCGAGCAGUGGGACAGCCUCGGAGAACUCACCCAGAAGCGCAGGGACUCACUUCAGAAAACUGAGAAACUGCUGGAGUCCAUCGAUGAGCUCUACCUGGAGUACGCCAAGCGGGCAGCGCCCUUCAACAACUGGAUGGAGGGGGCCAUGGAGGACCUGCAGGACAUGUUCAUUGUCCACAACAUAGAGGAGAUCGAGAGUCUGAUGCGUGCCCACGAGCAGUUCAAGUCCACUCUGCCUGAGGCCAACAAGGAGCGUGAGGCCAUCCAGGCCAUCCACAGUGAGGUGCAGAAGAUCGCCCAGCACAAUGGCAUUAAGCUGAGCGGAACCAACCAGUACACCACCAUCACGCCACAGAGCAUCGACAGCAAAUGGGAUCAGGCACAGAAGCUGGUACCUCAGCGUGACCGGGCUCUGCAGGAGGAGCUUCGCAAGCAGCAGUCCAAUGACAAACUGAGACGCAACUUUGCCGAGCAAGCCAACGUGGUGGGACCCUGGAUACAAAACAAAAUGGAGGAAAUUGGCACGAUAUCCAUUGAGAUGAUAGGCACUCUGGAGGACCAGCUGACCAACCUGAAGGAGUAUGAGCGCAGCAUUGUGGACUACAAGCCCAACAUUGACCAGUUGGAGGGCGUCCAUAAGCUCAUCCAGGAGGCCCUCAUCUUUGACAACACGUACACGCCCUACUCCAUGGAGCACAUCCGCGUGGGCUGGGAGCAGCUGCUCACCACCAUCGCCAGGACCAUCAACGAGAUUGAGAACCAGAUCCUGACACGCGAUGCCAAGGGCAUCAGCCAGGAGGAGCUGUACGAGUACCGUGCCUCCUUCAACCACUUUGACAAGGACCAUAGUGGAGCCCUCAUGGCUGAAGAGUUCAAGGCCUGUUUGAUCAGUCUGGGCUACGACGUGGAGAACGACAAGCAGAAGCGUUCGGGACAAAUGGUGGCAGAGGAUUACCGGGCUCUGCUCAUUUCUACAGGAAACAGCCUGGGCGACGCCGAGUUUGCCCGCAUCAUGGGCAUUGUGGAUCCCAACAACACUGGCACGGUCACCUUCCAGGCUUUCAUCGACUUCAUGUCCCGAGAGACCACAGACACAGACACGGCAGACCAGGUCAUCGCCUCCUUCAAGAUCCUGGCCGCAGAUAAGAACUUCAUCACCGCCGACGAGCUGAGGCGGGAGCUGCCCCCCGACCAGGCCGAGUACUGCAUCGCCAGGAUGGCACCCUACUCGGGGCCCGACGCCAUCCCCGGCGCGCUCGACUACAUGUCCUUCUCCACCGCCCUGUACGGCGAGAGCGACCUGUAAGGGCGGCGGACUGUGCAGGGGCGAGGAUGAGGGGAAUGGGGGGGAGUCAUGUUGUAAGUCGAGCUUGAGGUGCCCCACGUGUGCCGGUUUGAAAGUGUUUGAGCGUGGCGAGUGAAGUGUAGUUUAUGGAAAAACGUCUAUUCGAUAUCCUUGAUAUCCAGCUUGAGGUCCGUGUACUAGUAUACUCUUUUACUCUAGUAAGACUAUUCAGCGCAGACUAUAGUGGAACGACUGUGUAAUAUUGGAAAUUAUUAGUAAUAUUUUUUUCCACUGCAAGUAACACUUUUGGCCUACUAUUAUGGAAUUAAACCUUACUAGUAAACUAUGAAAAGUCGUUUGAGCAUUUAUUCAAUAUCCUUGCUAUCCAGCUUAAGAUCCAUGUACGAGUGCACUCUUUCUUUGCUAGAAAGACAAUUCAGCGCACUAGUAGAAUGACUUUGUCUUACCAGUAAUGUUUUCACCAUUACGAGUGCCACUUGUGGCCUAGAUAUGACCUUAAACUGCAUAUGAAGGAUAUUGGAUAAAUGUUCUAACAGCUUAAUGAAAAGGUCCCUAUACGAGUAUGCACUAUUAAGACAAUUCAGCGCACUAGUAGAAUGACUUUGUCUUACCAGUAAUGUUUUCACCAUUACGAGUGCCACUUGUGGCCUAGAUAUGACCUUAAACUGCAUACGAAGGAUAUUGGAUAAAUGUUCUAACAGCUUUAUGAAAAGGUCCAUAUACGAGUAUGCAAUAUUAAGACAAUUCAGUGCACUAGUAGAAUGACUAGGGCAAACUAGUAGAACAUCUGUCUUACUAGUAACAUUUUUUCCUCUCCUAAUGCCAAUUUUGGCCUACUAGUACGCAAUUGAACCUCACUAGAAAACUAUGGGAAGCUCUUUAAGCAUUUAUUCGAUAUCCUUGAUAUCCAGCUUAAGGUCCAUUUACUAGUAAGUCAAAUCAGUGCAUUAGUGCAAUGACUGUCAAACUAGUAAAAAUGUUCCUCUACUAGUGCCAAUUUGGAGCUACUUGUACACAAUUCAACCUUACUAGUAAACUAUGUAAAGCCACUAGAGCAUUUAUUCAAAAGCUUUGAUAUCCAGCUUAUAGUCCAUGUACUAGAAAGACAAUUCAGCGCGCUAGUGGAGCAACUGUCUUACUUUUAACGUGUCCCCCCCCACUACCGUAUCAUGUUCCUGCACACUAGUAGGACCACUACAUGUAGUGUGGUCCUACUAGUGUGCAGGAACAUUGUCUUACUAGUCAGGACAAAGAGCACACUAGUUGAUGGACCUUGAAUGUUGAUUGAGCAUUGAUUCAAUAUCCUUGAUAUACAUCAUAUGGUUUAGUACUAGUUAGAAAAUGCUACCUGUAAGACACAGUUGUUCUGCAAGUACUAGUGCGCUCAAGUCAUUCUGCUAGUGCAUUCAAUUGUCUAGUAGUCCGGAAAAAGAGCUUACUAGUACUUUUGACCUAAAGCUGGAUAUCAAUGUUAUGGAAUAAAUGCCCCAAGGGCUUUCCUUAGUAGUUUCACUUCCUUCCUUGAUGUUUUGGGAACGGGAGGGGAAGGGGUGCGCUUGUUAACUUCACCCUCUGCCUUUUUAUUUUAUUUUUUUUUGAGGGGGGGGGGAACUAAUCUUGAUACUUAUGCGAAAUUUAUUUUAUUAUCAUUUGGGGAGGAGGUCAAAGGGUUCCGACAAGGGAAGAGUUCUCACACGAUUGCCGAUGUUUGUGUAUUAGAUUAUAGUUAUAUACUGAGGCGGGUGGCACGGUCGGGUGAGAUCUAAGGAGGUGUCGUUCAACCACAAAUGAAUUUGCAUAUUUGCCCACAAUUCCCUUUUGUUGCUGGAUAAGGUGACCAAUUUCUUUUCCCUUUCUUGCUUUCCCAAAGUAGAGGGUGCCGUCAGGACACUGUAAAUAUUUUUCUUUCUUUUCAGAGUGAGAAAUGGUUUAAAAAAAGAGAGAGAGAGAGAAAGUUUCGCCCAAUCAGAAUUGGCGUCAUCCAUUUAACCAAUCCACACAAAAUGUCGCCAUGUUUGUUCCUGGUUUGGACGGUUGCUGUGGUAAUGGUCUUGUGUGUCCUCAGCACCAUCUUCUCUCUUUUACUCUUUCCACUUCCUCUAAUCCCUCCAUCCUCACCUAUCUUCAAUAACAAAACAGAAAAAUCACCCAAAAGGAAAUGAAAAAUAAUCUAUGCAAUAUUAAUGAGAUGAUUUGAGGAUAAAAAGUCUAAAUUGAUGGAAGACGUUUUGUUUUUGCGAAGGGAGGGCACACAGAGAGACUCCAGGACCAAAAGGUUCUCUCCCUCUCUUCUCGCUUUUUCUUUCUUUUUUGCCACCUGGCAGGAGAAUAAUUUGCUCUGGAAAUUGUGACCCCCCCCCCAUUAUUUUAUUUUUUUUGUACUCUUUAAUAAUAAUAAGGAACCUUAUCUGCUGUACUGGAAACUGCAAAAGGCCUUUUUUCUGUCUAACCAUGAUGACGACGACGAUGAUGAGUGACGCUCACCAAGCACACAUAAAAGUUUCCUUACAAAAAUG